UGGGACUUGAGAGGCUGUGUUAGUCGAAAAGCGCGCGAACUCAGUGUAGCGCCGAUGCCCGUGCGCACAGCACGCCCGUUCGCCCGCGUCUGCGCAAGCGCGACCUGUCAAACUCGUUGACAGUUCCGAAUUUGAAUCCGAAACGCCGAUUGGCGUUUUCAAUUUUUCAUUAUUUUCUUUUCAAAAUGGGACCUAGGCCAGAUUUCAUGCAUGCUGUUAUUUAAUAAAUUGAUAAGGUUUUUAUUGUUGUGACACUGUUUAUCAAUUAUGACUGCAAAAUAGGCGUGAAGAGUGCCUAAAUUUGUGUUAAUGGAUUUCUAGGUCUGUUGAAUUUUGUUUAGUGAUUACAAGGGCAGUCUUGACUAGUAGGUGUGAACUGAUAAGGUGUGAACUUUGGAAUACAUUUGAAUUUGUUGAGUGUAUUAGAUGCUUGUAGUAAAGGAUUGUUUUACAGAUAAACACGGUGACAGCAGUGGGGGCUUCGUUAAUGAUGCGAGCGCGCGGGGCGCGGGGGGACGCUGAUCAAAGCGUGCCACACACACAUGAGCAGCUACGCACACAACAUGUUCACCAGGUUCGACCAAGGCAAAUCAACGAAAGGCGCGAGCAAGCUCCGACGCGACCUAAUCAACGCAGAGAUCGCCAACCUUCGCGACCUGCUGCCGCUGCCACCUUCCACCCGCCAGCGCCUGUCUCAGCUUCAGCUCAUGGCCCUCGUCUGCGUCUAUGUACGGAAGUCGAACUACUUUCAACAAGUUUUCAAACGCUUUGAAAUCAAUCAGCAACAACCUCCAGCUCCUAACUUUGGUUUUUCUAAAGCUCUCAACGGUUUCCUGAUGAUGAUGACGCAAAACGGGAAGUUACUCUACAUAUCCGACAACGCAGCAGAGUAUCUUGGACAUUCGAUGGAAGACCUGCUUAUCCACGGGGACAGUGUAUACGACGUGAUCGACAAGCAAGACCAGCAGGCGGUGAGGGGGGAGCUGACGCGGGCGCCGGCGGACGGCGAGGACCGCGUGUUCCUGUGCCGGAUGAAUGUGGCCAGGAACGCGAGGAGGCAGAUGCGAUUUGGUGACCAGAAGGUAGUGCUAGUGCGGGGCCACUUCGUGUCGUACCUGCCGCUGUGCAGCCGCAACGAGCCCGUGUUCCUGGCGGCGUGCACGCCGCUCGCCAUGCCCGAGACGCGCGAGUGCGUCGUGCACGGCGCCACCAACGUCUUCACCACGCUGCACACCAUGGACAUGAAGAUACUGCACAUCGACGCCAAUAGCGAGUGGCACCUGGGCUGGGACAGGAGUUCGCUCCACGGCGUGAGCUGGUACCAUCUUCUACAUCCCGACUGUUGUAAAGAAGCACAGAGCAAACAUCGCCUAAUAACUCAGUCCGAGCAAGAGCGGUCUUGCAUAGCUCUACUGCGGCUGCAGCGGAGGUCAGGCCAGUUCCUGUGGGUCCACGCCGUUCUACAGUUGAAAGACAAUCUGGACAAUUCACAACGACCUGUCAUCGUUUGCACUAAUCAAGUCUUAAGUGAGCAAGAAGCAACAGUCAUGAAGGCGAAUCCCUGGCUUUAUCAUUACUACGCCGUUCAAUCCAAGCUCCAUUACGGCCUAGCUUACGAGGCUGCGACCAGAAUGUACGGGCCACCGCCGCCCGAUCUCCAAGUGUACCCUCCAGCCAUGCAGUACACGCCGACUCCACCCGUCUGUAUAAACGGGAGCCAAGUGAUGAUGCCGAACCCAGGCCUGCAGCCUCACAUACCACACGUGACGCCGCACUUAACUCCGAUGCACUACGCGUAUGAAAGGGCGGACAAUGGACCUGUGGAUUACUCUGUCCCAUUACAGGAUAACAGGUACCACAAUGUCAGGAUAGAAGAUACUAGAAUUCAAUCAAACGCCAAACGGAAAGGAAAGAAUACCGAUGAAAAACCCAGCACACCAGUUUCGAACAUGUCGCCUCAGUGCACGCCUUCCACAGUCACUUCAGGGGGCGAAACAUUAGUAGCAGUUACGGGGUCAAUAGCUAGCAGAAGACCAGGGUCCAAAAACUUUAAUAUAUCAGAAACUGAAAUGGUCGAUCAGUGGAAUCCAAGUCCGACUUGGUCCGAAUCGGCUCUCCAAAAAGUUCCCGACGUUUGUCACCAGGACUUGAGUCCCUACGUGACGACAACUCCUCCCACUCCUUCUGGCACGCCGUCCGCUUACACACAAAACUAUAGUCAUACCUUUGUGUUCGACUGGUCGCCAGAGCAAUAUGUUCCUCAUACUAACAAUAGAUGUAACACAGUAACAACCGAAAGUUCCUACCAGCAGCAGACGUGGAAUAGGAGUCAGAGAGCAUCGUUCGCGACUGCGGACACAGUAGACGAGAAUUGCAAUCCUAAUAGAAUAAGCUUACAAAUGAGGGUCAGUAAUCCACCGCCAGCGUAUAACGCAACGAGGGAAGGAGAGAUUCUUAGAAGGCAAAUGGAUCGUCCACAUCCUGAAUCGCCGGAUGCCAAGAAGCCUGCUUUAUAACUAAAGUUAAUUUGUUUAAUUUCUCUAAAAUAGUUCAAUAUUAUGUUACCCUAUUUAAAUAAAUUUUAUUUUAUUUAGACAAAAAGCUCUGGAACUCUCCUGUGAUCUUUAUAGCGUUAAGAUUUUUUUGAUGCUAGGCAAACUGUAUAUUCAAUUUAAUAUAUGGAACUUGUACAAAUUACUCUCAUUAUGUAAGUACAUAAAUAAGUUUUUCACAUACAAUGUGAUUAGGUUGUGUAUACGAUGUACAUAUUAUUAUUAUUAACUUAAUUUAAUUUUACUAAAGGG